AUGACAACCCACUCACUUGCAUCAAGAGAGCAGGCAAUCUUCAUAACCUGCCUCAUAAUCCUCUGGUACUCCACCAACAUUGGUGUACUCCUCCUCAACAAGUUCCUUCUCUCAAACUAUGGCUUUGCUUUCCCAAUCUUCCUCACAAUGUGCCACAUGUCAGCUUGUGCUCUCCUCAGCUACAUCUCCAUUAUGUUUCUCAAAGUAGUCCAAAUACAGAGGAUCAAAUCCAGGUCCCAGUUCUUGAGAAUUGCCACACUAAGCAUUGUCUUCUGUGGCUCUGUGGUGGGUGGUAAUAUUUCCCUCAAGUACUUGCCCGUGUCAUUUAAUCAGGCUGUGGGUGCAACCACACCGUUUUUUACUGCACUUUUUGCUUAUAUGAUGACCCUUAAGAGGGAGGGUUGGGUUACUUAUGCUUGUCUUGUGCCUGUGGUUGCUGGGGUUGUCAUUGCAAGUGGGGGCGAGCCAAGCUUCCAUUUAUACGGAUUUAUCAUGUGUGUAAGUGCAACAGCAGCUAGAGCGUUUAAGUCCGUGCUUCAAGGGGUUCUCCUUUCUAAUGAAGGGGAACGGUUGAACUCCAUGAAUUUGAUGCUUUACAUGUCACCAAUCGCAGUUGUAGUUUUGCUCCCUAUAGUCCUUGUAAUGGAGCCGAACGUACUUAACGUCGUUGUUUCACUUGGGAUGGAGCAUAAAUUCAUGUGGCCUCUUCUUUUCAUUAAUUCGGCAAUGGCUUAUGGAGCAAACUUGUGCAAUUUCUUAGUGACUAAGCAUACAAGUGCCCUGACUCUCCAGGUUUUAGGCAAUGCAAAAGGCGCCGUGGCCGUGGUUAUUUCCAUACUCCUUUUCCGCAACCCUGUGACGUUCAUCGGCAUUGCUGGUUACACCAUGACUGUCAUGGGAGUUGUAGCUUAUGGAGAAUCCAAGAGGAGAUACAAAUAGCCUUUUCUUGUGCUAUAUUUUUUAGUAGCAUGGAUUCGGGAGAUGGGAAGAUGUGUUGGUAUUAUUUCAACUGUAGAGGGUUAUCUAUCGAGCUCAUUGGGGAUGGGAUGUGUGUUGUUCUAAAGAUAGUCUUGUAAGCAAGUGUUGAAAGGAAUAUGAAGAGUGUGGAGUUUGUGCCUCCCAUUGCAGUUAUAUCUUGUGCAAUUCUUACAUUGCAUGGGAUGGCAACGCAGUGGGUCCACCCCGUCGAGAAAUUUUUGAACUCGAAUCCACCCCAGAUCCGUGAUUUGUUGGGUUGGACCCCUUGGACUCAUAGACGUGAUUAAAAGAUUAUA